CGAAAGCCCACCACCACGAUCCGCGCCACAAAAUAGUGCGGUGCGCCCAGCCCUGUCGGCUCGGCUGCCUCCGCCUCCGCUCCGCGCCGCGCAUAUAACCGGACCCCAGUUCCGUGACGGCCUCAGUCAGUCCCCGAGGAGGAGGAACAGCUAGGUGCGGAAAGGCAGCUCUCAGUCUCACACUCUGCCAAUCCCAGCCUGAGUUCUGCUCUGCUCUGCUUCUAGCCAUGGUGGCCUCGCGGAUCUUGCUCCCGCUGCUGCUCUCCCUCUUCCUAUGCUCGCAUUGCUGUACCGGAGCGGCGGCGGCGAAGCGGCAGCUGCUGCAGGCGCAGUCGCAGGUGAAGUUCGACUUCUCCCCGUUCCUGAUCGAGUACAAGAACGGGCGCGUGAAGCGGCUGAUGGGCACCAACGUGGUGUCCGCGUCGUCGGACGCGCUGACGGGCGUCACCUCCCGCGACGUGACCAUCGACGCUUCGACGGGCGUCGCCGCGCGGCUCUACCUCCCGAGCUUCCGCGCCAGCGCCCGGGUGCCCGUGCUCGUCUACUUCCACGGCGGCGCGUUCGUGGUGGAGUCGGCGUUCACGCCCAUCUACCACGCCUACCUCAACACGCUGGCCGCCAGGGCGGGCGUGGUGGCCGUGUCGGUGAACUACCGGCUGGCGCCGGAGCACCCGCUCCCGGCGGCGUACGACGACUCCUGGGCGGCGCUCAGGUGGGUGCUGGCGAGCGCGGCCGGGUCGGACCCGUGGCUGGCCCAGUACGGCGACCUGUUCCGCCUGUUCCUGGCCGGCGACAGCGCCGGCGGCAACAUCGCGCACAACCUGGCACUGCGCGCGGGGGAGGAAGGCCUGGACGGCGGCGCGCGGAUCAAGGGCGUGGCGCUGCUGGACCCCUACUUCCAGGGCCGGAGCCCCGUGGGCGCCGAGUCCGCGGACCCGGCGUACCUCCAGUCCGCGGCGCGCACCUGGAGCUUCAUCUGCGCGGGGAGGUACCCGAUCAACCACCCCUACGCGGACCCGCUCCUGCUGCCGGCCUCCUCGUGGCAGCACCUCGGCGCCUCCCGCGUGCUGGUCACCGUGUCGGGGCAGGACCGCCUCAGCCCCUGGCAGCGCGGGUACUACGCCGCGCUCCAGGGCAGCGGCUGGCCCGGCGAGGCCGAGCUGUACGAGACCCCCGGCGAGGGCCACGUCUACUUCCUCACCAAGCUUGGCUCGCCGCAGGCGCUCGCCGAGAUGGCCAAGCUCGUCGCCUUCAUUAACCGCGACUAGCAGCCGCCGGAGUAAAUCCGGUACAUGCAGGCCGCUGCAGUGCCGCGACAACAUCAGCAUACCUAUAGUAACUAGCGAGAGCGAGGUGAUUGGUAGUGGUAAUUACAUUUUUUUUUGGGUCCUUGAUGAUGAUUACUGUGCGUCGGAAGAAAAGAACGGUUCCUCUCUCCAGAAACCUCGUCCGGACGGAUAGGAGGGGACCGGUGUGUUCGCUUGCGCGGCGUUGCGUGUCAUUGACUGCAGUCUACAGGCUACCGUGCCGUGCACUGUUAACUGCGUGUAGCGCGGUACUGCCAGACUGCCAGUUACAGUAGUCUUCAGAGUAUAAUAUUUUUUAGUAUAGAAGCGUCACUCUACUACCGACCCAAUGCAUCGUGUAACUUUUGUGGUACUAGUGCUAUAUGGUGGUGAUUUUGUC